AUGGUGAUCCAAACUCCCAAACGCGUUUGUCUUAAAACGACAAGCAGUAGCAACAGACCUAUGCCUGUUUCUCCUCAAAUUCCCUGUUGCUUCUCCUCCUUUCUUUAUAUUAUCAGCUCAUUCUUCCAUUUUUAAUUCACUUUCUUCUUCAGUUUCUUUCUGCUUGGAUUUAUAAUGAAUUCUUCUUUGAACUAAACCGAGAACGAGAAAACCCGUUGUUUGUAGACCAUACCCUUUUCACUGUUCGAUGGGGAACUGCUUACAUUCUUCCGCCAAAGUAGAUAGUACCCAGAGCCUUAAUGCUGCUUGUGGGGGCUCCAGGAUAUCUAGCAAAACUAGCCGAUCAUGUGCUCCGUCCAGCCUGACCACCACAUCAUCAUACAGUUUAGACAGCAGCUCUGAAAGUCUUUCUACACCAAGGACUGAAGGCGAAAUAUUGUCUUCCCCACAUUUGAAACCUUUUUCCUUCAAUGAACUAAGGAAUGCAACUAGGAACUUCCGUCCAGAUAGUCUUCUUGGUGAAGGUGGAUUUGGUUAUGUCUUUAAAGGAUGGAUUGAUGAACACACAUUGACUGCUUCAAGGCCUGGAUCAGGAAUGGUUAUUGCUGUCAAGAAACUUAAACCUGAAGGUUUUCAAGGCCACAAGGAAUGGUUGACUGAAGUUAAUUAUCUUGGUCAACUUCAUCAUCCAAAUCUGGUUAAACUAAUUGGGUAUUGCUUGGAGGGUGAGAAUCGGCUUUUGGUCUAUGAAUUCAUGCCAAAAGGGAGUUUGGAGAAUCAUCUAUUCAGAAGAGGACCGCAACCACUUUCUUGGGCAGUAAGGAUUAAAGUAGCAAUUGGUGCAGCUAGAGGGCUCGCAUUCCUUCAUGAUGAAAAAUCACAAGUGAUAUACCGUGACUUCAAAGCCUCUAAUAUUCUACUUGAUGGGGAAUUCAAUGCAAAACUUUCAGAUUUUGGUUUAGCAAAAGCAGGGCCCACAGGCGACAAUACUCAUGUUUCAACUCAAGUGAUGGGUACUCAUGGCUAUGCAGCACCUGAAUAUGUUGCUACAGGAAGGUUAACUGCAAAAAGUGACGUCUACAGCUUCGGGGUAGUGUUGCUCGAACUGUUGUCUGGACGGCGUGCUGUUGAUAACACAAAAUCUGGCGUGGAGAAAAAUCUAGUCGACUGGGCAAAACCAUACCUGAGUGACAAACGAAAGCUAUUCAGGAUCAUGGACACCAAAUUGGAGGGCCAGUACCCUCAGAAAGGAGCCUACAAAGCUGCUACCCUUGCCUCACAGUGCCUAAACAUCGAAGCCAAACUCAGGCCACGAAUGUCACAUGUUUUAGCAGAACUAGAGCAGCUUCAAUCGCCCAGAACUGGAACCAGACAUUCUGAAUCCUUGACAAUUUCUACCCCUAUCCAGAGGUCCCCCAUGAGACAGCAGCAAUCUCCUCUGCAUUUAACACCCGAAGCAUCUCCGUUGCCUUCAUAUCGAAAAUCUCCUCGGUUAAGGUAAUCGAUUGAUGCAUUCAUUGAUCUGGGUAAAUUAUUUUUGUAUUAUUCUGUAUGCAUUGUUGAUAUAAUGUAGUUUUUAUGUGUGUCGAUGUAAUUUGAUUCGUACUCUUCAUCAUGUUAUCAUCACAUCAUAUUUCAUUUAUUCCAUAUUAGCACCCACGUAUUUUCUCCGAUUCA